GCAGAGAAUUUGAAGGUGAGGAGGAGUAUCUGGAGAUCCUGGGGAUCACACGGGAGCAGUCGGGCAAAUACGAGUGCAAAGCUGCCAACGAGGUGGCUUCAGCAGAUGUCAAGCAAGUCCGGGUCACUGUGAACUACCCUCCCACCAUCACGGAGUCCAAGAGCAACGAGGCGGCCACGGGCCGACAAGCCUUGCUGCGCUGCGAGGCGUCGGCGGUGCCCACGCCCGACUUCGAGUGGUACAGGGAUGAUACCAGGAUAAGCAGUGCUAAUGGUCUGGAGAUAAAGAGCAUGGGGAGCCAGUCUCUGCUGAUGGUGGCCAACGUCACCGAGGAACACUAUGGAAACUACACCUGCGUGGCUACCAACAAGCUGGGAGUCACAAAUGCCAGCCUAUACCUUUACAAGCGAGUUUUACCCACACUCCCCAAUCCUUUUCCAG